UCGAACGUGGUUCUCACGAAACUCGGGCGACGCAAUGGCGCACUGGUUUCACCGUAACGUACUGAAAGCAACUACGAAUCAGAAGUUCGAGUUAAAAGUCGCCAAUGCUACGGAUGCUACCAGGAAGCUUUGCAGUGAUCUAAAACUGUCAAGAGCCAGACUUUUGGAACUGAUCAGAAAUGCAAACAAUACUAGUGACACGAUAGAGCCUGCAUUUCUCAGUUACCUAAGUUUGCUGUAUGGAUUUUUAUGGGAAGUGAAGCCAUCUGAGGAAGAGGCACAACAUGUUGGCAGACCAAAUCCUAGCAAACUCAGAAAUAUCCUUGUGUUCAAGUGGACACACACAUUACUUGGUGGUGGCACAUUCUCCAGCACCGAUUCUGUUUAUGAAGCAGCUAACAUGAGCGUCAACAUAGGCCUUUGGUUUAUGAAGCAUGCAGCAAUGAUUGCUGCAAAAGAUGACAUAACAAUGAAUGAAGCUAAAGAAGUACACAGUAUGUUAAGACGAGCUGCCGGAAUAUUUACCUUUGUACAGACUGAGUUUUUGCCACAGUUGGCUAAUCCACCGCCUUUGGGAAGUGACUUAGAUCCUCGGGUACUAAAUGCAUACGUUAAUCAAUGCACGGCAGAGGCACAAGAAGUGACAGUGGCUAGAGCAGUAGAACUCAAACAUAAUUCCAGCUUGAUAUCAGCUUUAGCCAAUGAAACUAGCAAAUUGUUUCUGGAUGCUGCCAAUACUCUUCGUCCAUUCAAACCAGAAAUAAUUGCCCAAUGGACGAAAUAUCUGGAGCUGAAGUCAGCAUUUUAUCAAUCUUACGCUUACAAUUAUUGCGGUGAAAACUUGUUGGCAAUGGAUAAGUGCGGCGAAGCGAUACGAGCGAUGCAGGAAAGUGAUUCGUGUUUAAAGAAGGCGAAAGCGCUCUGUCAAGAAUACGGGAAAACUAACGGACCUGCACCUCGCGUGAAACCGGAUCAACACGCCGUAUUUAAACGUUUAGCACCUAUAGUGAAGCUCACUCUCGAUAAAUGUAAUCGAGAAAACGGUUUAAUAUACCAUGAUACGGUACCGGGAGAAGUUCCAACCUUGGAUACCAAAGCUACUUACGGCUUAGUCAGCCCUAUCGAUUUUCAAAUGCCGUCACCAAAUCCUAUCUGGAAUUUGGGUACAUAUGAGGUAUUAAGUGGUGUAACGGCGGCGAAAGCGGAAAAAGAGCAGAAUUUGCCGCCAGUUAAAGAAGAGGCAGUUCAUCAAAGUAGCAAGGAGCCGAAAAACGCAAGCGGUUGCGUGCUACAAUAAGACUUUCUACGUGCAACGAUAUAGGCCGUUUGUAAAUGCUUUUUUUUCGUCACGGUGAUAUUAAUUUUAAUUGCGAUAGACAUGUGUGGACGAAGUUCGAGUUAAAUGACAUCCAUGUACGUGUCUUGCGUUUGUUUCAAGUACAAAUCCCGUUGUGUGAAAUGUAAAGUAUUAAUCGUUAGAUAAAAAGAGGAGUACAGAAUAAUUAUCUAUUAUUAAGCAAUGCAUUUCAUUGAGUAUUAAAUAUCGUGCAACGGAUGGAUAAAUGACUAUAAAAAAGGAGAUUAAUCUGGCAUAUCAGUGUAUGCUUGCUUCGCUUUGCACAUGUCUGAGAUUUUUUAGCAAGCAACUUUUACGUUUGUGCGAGAUAAUAUAUGCGAUGCGAUUCGUAUGUAAUUUGAUUUUAUCAUAAUCAAUACUAUGUAGGUACGAACGAUUUCUUUCUGAAAGCAGAGAAUCGUUAGUGCCGCAGGCAUUACUUUAAUCGUUACGUUCGACCUAGUCAAUGCUUUAGUGAAACUAAAUUUUUUAAUUAAUAAUGUAAGGGAGAAAAUUUUCGCAAUUAUAAUGUGCAUAUAAUGCAUAUUUUACUAGUGUGCAUGUAUUAUAACAAAAAGACUGUGCAAUCUUUUUCUAUAUAUUUUUUUAUAAGCUAUAGGUUUAAAUACAGAAACGUUCAAUUCAGAUUAUAAAGAUAUUACAUAUAUAAAAAUGUCUCAAAGACGUGUUGAGCUAAUGCCAAGCAUUAGCUAUUGCUAAAGUAUAGCAACUUAUUAUCUAUGUUAAUAAUUAUUAUUUAUGAUAUUUAAAGCAUUUAUAUAUACGUGACCAGUGUGUUAAUUGUCAAAAUUAAAAAUGUAUCUGGUCGCUCAUAUUGGCACUCAGAAAAUUAUACUUAUGUAUACAUGCGAUAAAAAUUUCGUUAGCUGUUAAAUAAUUUAAGAAAAUAAUGUUGUGUGCAAUAUAUAUCGAGAUCCUAUCUAUAGGAAUGUAGCAAUCCUAUCUAUAUGAAAUAGAUAAUAAAGAAAAUAUUAAUUCGCAGUCUA